UCGUGUGGUUACCAGGGGAACACAGAAGUUGGAGCGAGCGGGCAGAGUCAUGAGUGGAUCUGUCGCGGGAUGGACGCCGGAGACAGCGUCUGCAUUCCCUUUGGCCAUUGAACAAACGCUCAGCAGCAUUUCCAAAUGAGGAGCGCAAGGUAGCGUGCUAACACCGUGGUUGGAGUUUACGUGCUUCAAAUAAAAGGCUUCCUUCAAAAUGCCGUCGAGUCAGAUUCUUCAGCCAGUCCUCAAGAUGAAGGUGGACGAACUCUUCCUCACCUGGUUGAGCCAGCCCAAAACCCAGACGGUGCUCAAAGGUUACCUAGACCUCAUCAAAAGCGGACAUCACGCCGGUUUAAGCGAUGUGGGCGUCAAGGAGAAGUGCACUCUAACCUUCAACCAAAACAACAACGUGGCUUCCCAAAAGAACUUGGCCGAGAAGAAGCCUGCCGCCUUCAACGUGCCCUUGAGUCCACCGUGUGCCUCCAUCCUGCCCUCAGGAUGCAGCGGCGCCACCAGGGUGACGGGACCCCACGGCAGGAUCCUACGGAGGUCUGUCAGCUCCAAAAAGGCGCAGGUGAAGACAGAGGAACCCGUCAGCCGUGCGCUGAGCGAAAGCAUUCCAAAGUUCUACUACCCGCAAGGUCGGCCCCAAGCCAACGUUAACAUCGACAGCCUCAUUUCCAAAAUUGAGGCGACGUUCUGCCAAUUCCCCAAUGAAAGGGCCACCAUUGAGGACAUGGCGCAGGUUGCCAAGGCCUGCGAGUGUCCCCUCUACUGGAAGGUGCCAUUGUUCUGCUCAGCCGGGGGCGACAGGACGGGCUUCGUGUCCGUGCACAAGUUCGUGGCAAUGUGGCGCAAAACGCUGCAGACCUGUCACGACGCCGCCGCCAAAUUCGUGCACCUCCUGGCCAAGCCUGGCUGUAAUUACCUGGAACAAGACGACUUUAUUCCCUUCCUGCAGGAUGUGGUCAACUCUCACGCAGGCCUGGCUUUCCUGAAGGAGGCGUCGGACUUUCACUCCAGAUACAUCACCACGGUGAUCCAAAGGAUAUUUUAUACUGUGAACCGCUCGUGGAAUGGAAAAAUAACUUGUUCCGAACUCCGGAAAAGUAACUUUCUUCAGAAUGUGGCGCUGCUGGAGCUCGAAGAAGACGUAAACCAGCUGACAGAGUUCUUCUCCUACGAGCACUUCUACGUCAUCUACUGCAAGUUCUGGGAGCUUGACACCGACCACGACCUCUACAUCGACCCCAAGGACCUGGCACAGCACAACGACCAAGCAAUCUCCCAAAAGAUGAUCGAGAGAAUAUUCUCAGGAACCGUGACAAGGGAGAGGCGCGUGUUCAAGGAAGGCCGCUUGGGCUACGCCGACUUCGUGUGGUUCCUCAUCUCCGAGGAGGACAAGAAGACGGACACCAGUAUAGAGUACUGGUUCCGCUGCAUGGACCUGGACGGCGACGGCGUGCUGAGCAUGUACGAGAUGGAGUACUUCUACGAGGAGCAGUGUCAGAAGCUGGAGAGCAUGGCUAUCGAGCCGCUGCCCUUUGAGGACUGCCUCUGCCAGAUGCUCGACCUCGUCAAGCCUCGAGUCCGAGCUCAACCUCUAAGUUUCAUGGCGAUGAUGAUGAUGAUGAUGAUGACGGCAGGUAAGAUCACGCUGCGGGACUUGAAGAGGUGCAAGCUGUCGCACGUCUUCUUCGACACAUUCUUCAACCUGGAGAAGUAUCUGGACCACGAGCAGCGGGACCCGUUCUCCGUCAUCAGGGAGGUGGCGACGGAGGGACAGGAAGUGUCGGACUGGGAGCGCUACGCCGCCGAGGAGUACGACAUCCUGGUGGCCGAAGAGGCCGCCGCGAAUCACUGCGAUGACGUGUUCGAAAGGCCACCGAGUCCCUCCGACGCGCUCGUCUCGGCCGACGCGGGUCUGACGAAGAGGAACUUCUUCCAGAUCCCCGCGGCGCACUGCGACCUGGAUCUGGACGACUACGAGUACGAGGACGACUUUGAAUGAGCGGCCGGCGCCCCGACGAACAAAUCUUGAGACUUCUCACAGGCCAACUGCAGCUUCUUCUUCUUGGCACUUUAGACUUUUUUGUUUUUUUAAUUCAUGUGACCCCAUGAAGAAGUCGCUAUGACAUCACAAACUUGACUCUGCCUCCGUCCCGUCCAUUGGCUCACUUUACAUUCCAGUGAUCGUACCGGAAGCUUCUAUACAACAAAUUGUCAAGUCAUCACAUGGACACUGUGUGUGUGUGUGUGUGUGUGUGUGUGAGAUGGGUCGUUUAAUUUAUUAGAUGAAUUUAUAAAUAUACGUGUAAAUAUUGUUUGCUGUGAUGUAAAUGAUUUGGACAAGUUUUAAAGGAAUUGUUUUUUAUGUAAUAAAGUUAAUCAAGCCUCUGUCA